CUCUGCCAAGUUUAUUAUAAACAGUGCGCGAGCUGCAGCGCGCUGUCAAACGGAGCGCGAGAGCAGAGCGAACUGCAGCCCAGGGAGGAAAACCGCAGAGAGAAAAGCAGGAGCAGGAGAAAGUGAAAAAAGGAGAGUGAAGAGCCGUAGAGAGAAAAGCGAAAACAUCUGGAUUAUUUACCAAGAAACACGAACAACAGCCCUGUGACAGUGAGAUAUACGCCACAAAGCUGACAGGAGUUUUAAAGAGACGAACCAAGAGAUACUGGAGAGACAGACCAACUCCAACUGGUUUGAACAACAUCACUCUAUCUGCUAAAAUAAAAGGCGGCUAAAGACACACCCAAACCUCUCUGCUCAGAGUUCCCCUCGUAGUUUUUAGUUUGCAGACCGGUGUUUGCACCGGCUCAUCUCCAUGUAUAAGAUGGAUUACUCCUACCUGAACUCCUAUGACUCCUGCAUGGCGGCCAUGGAAGCGUCGGCCUACGCGGACUUCAGCUCUUGCAGCCAGGCCAGCUCCUUCCAGUACAACCCGAUCCGGAGCGGACCCUUCUCCAACCCGGGCUGCACUCCGCUCAGCACGGCCAGCUGCACCCUGGGAGCCCUGCGAGAGCACCAGCCCACACCUUACUCCUCAGUCCCUUACAAGUUUUUCUCGGACCCCUCCGGCCUGAACGAGAAGAGGAAGCAGCGGCGCAUCAGGACCACCUUCACCAGCUCCCAGCUGAAGGAGCUGGAGCGGGUCUUUGCCGAGACACACUAUCCGGACAUCUACACCCGAGAGGAGCUGGCGCUGAAGAUAGACCUGACCGAGGCCAGGGUACAGGUGUGGUUUCAGAACAGACGUGCAAAGUUUCGCAAGCAGGAGCGUGCGGCCAACGCCAAAGCCAACAGCUCUGGUGGCACCACGGGCAGCAGCUCCAGCAGCAGCUCUGGAGGGAAGAAGGGCGGAGAGCUGAGAUCUUCAUCCGAUGACGAUGAGUCCAAAGAAUCCACCUGCAGCCCCACACCUGACAGCACGGCCUCCCUGCCGGGCUCGGCCAAUGGAAACUUGGGCAGCCCCGCCAGCCUGAGCCCCAGCCCGGCUCCUGUCAACAGCGGCUACGUUAACACCUCCAGCUCUCCGGUUCUCCAGGGGCUGAAGCCGCCCAGCUGGUCCAGUCUGGGGCCGUCCAACCCAGCCGUUGCCCAGCCUGCUACCCAGACUCAGGAGAUUCUGAAGGCCUGGCAGCCGGCGGACAGUAUGACCGGGCCCUUUGCUGGAGUCCUGUCCUCCUUCCACAGAAAACCCAACCCCACCAUCAAGACAAACCUGUUCUGAAGCACAGAGGAAGAGGAAAUGAGAGACAAACAUUAUGCUGUCUACUGGAACACUGAGGAAUUCCCAGCUUUUGUUGAGAGUCAGGACAUACCCAUUAUAACACUGAAUUCACUGGUGUAGUCUGCUGUAGUUCAGUGAGGCCUUCGGUUCUUCUCUAAAAAAAAAUAAAAUAAAAAAGUAUCCUGUCAAACUGAUUCAAAGAUAAUAAAAUCAAAGGUUUGGACACCAUCACUCACCCUAAAAAAAUUAUGCAACUGCACUUGCAAAACUGUGGACAUGGUCAGUCUCCUUCCUGCAAUGACUCUUCACUUUCACUCUCAGAUGUGUUCAUACAGAUUGACAAGAAAUCAUAUUUCCUCAGAUAAAACUAAGUCAAGACACACUCUAUUUAUUGAUGCAACACUCUUCAUGUACAGGCCCUUGAACUUCAGAGCGUCGAAAGCAUGAUUGUGUGUGGCCCAAUCGGAACUGCUUUGACUGAUGAACACAUGCAUACACAGUCUUUUUUUCACUACGUCUUUUCAGUCCUUCUUGCCACUUAUAAACUCACAUUCCCACACUCGCUGCAUUGCAACAGACUCUUGGACAGCCAUAGCGCCAGCUCUGAUGAGCAUGGCGAUCAGGUACAAGUUUAAAGCAGAAAUCUAAACAUCACGCUCCAGUCUCUGCUGGGGAAACAAAACAAACUUUCACCCUCAAGCACAACUUCUUCUAAGCUCCCCUGACACACAUACUCUCACCAGAAGGGAACAGAGUCGCCCCUAAACCUCUUUGCCGAGCAGAGCACCCCAAAAUCCAAUUAGAGCAGCCGGGGCCAAGACCAGACACCUCCCCAGUUCAUCCCUUUUUCCUUCUUUACUGUAUCAAGUCCUGACUCUCCCCCCACUCUCAUCCUCAAUGUGACCC